AUGAGCAACUUCCCUCCACGAGGCAGAGGCGGUAACCGAGGCGGCCAGCCCGGUGGCCCUAGAGGGGGCGGUGGUGGUGGGUUUGCUGGAGGAAGAGGGUCUGGUAGGGGCGGGUACGGCGGUGGUUCCAGAGGGGGAGUACCAGGAGAUUUGAUCUUCCGGGGCCCCGCAUCUGUAGACCAACGUCUAGCGACCUUGGAUCAACUGGUCUCUUCCUUUAAAAAACUCACCUUCAAACCGGAGCGCCCUCACCGGCCUGGCUACGGCACCCUUGGCCGUGCAAUCACAGUGCGAGCCAACUUAUUUCCUGUCGAACUUCCCAAAGGACCUAUCCACGACUAUCAUGUCGAGAUUUCCCCGUCCACAGACAUCAAGCGCAUUCGCGCACGCCUUUUCGAGCUCCUAGAGCUGAGCAAUCAGAAAGGCUGGAAAGAGUUUGUGCCGUUCAUCGCUCACGACCGCAGUGAGAGGCUUGUGUCGGCCAAGAAGUUGCCUCAGCCUCUUGACGUGCCAAUCCAGUAUUACGAAGAAGGAGAAGCUGGUCCCAAUGCGAAAUCCAAGACCUAUACCUUCGCAAUCACCCAUACGACUGACUUGGACAUUGCACAACUCACGAAGCAUCUGAGCGGUAACAUUGAGUCACAGGACUACGAUGCCCAACCGCUGAUAGCUGCUGUGAAUCUCGUGCUUCAAACGCAUGCAUCGCGUACCGGCGUUCGUGUGGGCAAGAAUCGCUACUUUUUCCCCUCGCAAGAGCGCGAGCGCUUUGACCUAGCGCCUGGCGUGGAAGCCUGGAAAGGCUUCUUCGCGUCCGCCAGACCUGUGUAUAAGGCACUCAUGGUGAACGUCGGUGUCUGUAUGACAGCUUUUUACAAGCCAGGCAACCUUGCCGACGCCAUCAUGGAGUUCAACCGGACAUCCAAUGGCGCUAUGCUUCAGCGGUUUGUUCAGAAACUGAAGGUGACUACAAGUCAUCUAGGGUACAAGCAGAAGAAACCCAUCAAGAAGAUCAUGUCUACGACUGCGAGGCAGCAGACUUUCAACUGCGAAGAAUACCAUGGCCAAAUAUCUGUCGAAGACUAUUUUAAGAGAAAGUACCCCCAUAUCAAGCUAAGGCAUGCGCACGACGUUCCAGUCGUUGAUAUUUCGGGUCCAAACUCGAAAUUCUCCAUUUACGUACCAGCCGAGCUAUGCGAGAUCGAGCCUGGACAACCGUUCAGAGGGCGUCUCAAUGAGAAAGAAACCGCGAAUAUGAUUCGGUUCGCCUGCAACCCGCCUAAAGUCAACGCAGAUACCGUCAGCAGUAAAGCUCUGAGCAGCUUCGGUAUGGCGGUAGACAACAAUAUGGCGGUCAUCCCUGCACGUGAACUUCCCGCGCCUCGCCUCAACUACAAAGCAGGGAAGCCUCCCAACGUUAACAAUGGCAGUUGGAACAUUCUCGAUGUCAAGUUCCACGUUGGCGGAGCUAUCAAGACUUGGUGGGUCCUCGUCAUCAGAGACGGACGAAACGUGUUCAACGGGCCCAACGACCCGAGUUUGGUGGGUAUUUGGAGGGGCUUUGGUGAGAAAUGCCGCAACAGUGGCAUGACACUGGGGUCGACGCCCGUCAUGUUGGCUCAAGAGCUCGUCCCUCCCAACCGUGACCCAUCCAGGCAGCAGGCGCUGGCCUCGAUUCGUCAGAAUAUCAAGCAACAUAUUUCCGAGAAAGGCAAACCCACAUUCAUCCUCGUCAUCCUCUCUCAUCCGGGACAAUUACAUUUACCCUGGCGUCCACACCCUCAUAUGCUUACAGAUAAGGUGCUGCGCGACCCGAAUAAACAAGAUCAGUACUUCUCGAACGUCGCUCUCAAGUUGAACACCAAACUUGGAGGCACCAAUCAUAUGCUGGAUCCGGACAGCUUGAAAUGGUUGACGAAGGCCAAGACGAUGGUCGUUGGGAUGGAUGUUACGCAUCCCGGCCCUGGCAGUGCCGAAGGCACACCAUCAAUUGCCGCUGUCGUCGCGAGCGUAGAUAGUUCUUUCGUCCAAUUCCCAGCGAGUCUCAAGUGUCAGGAGACCAAGAAAGAGGGUCAAUUCAAUACCGUGCUGGAGCAAGAACUUCCUCAGAUCCUGGAGGCAUUUAAGAAAGUUCCUCAGCCGAAGCCAUAUCGCCCAUCGUUAACGAUCAUCAUUUGUGGAAAGCGCCACCACGUCAAGUUCUUCCCGACCGACUCCCAGUUCGCUGACAGGAAUGGCAACACUCGUCCAGGAACCGUCGUGGAUAGAGGCGUCACUGCAGUAUUCGACUUCGACUUUUACCUUCAAGCUCAUGCAGGCUUGCAAGGUCAUGUGAAGGCGACACACUAUACUGUGGUGUAUGACGAGAACCGCCUCGGCGCAGAUGAAGUCCAACAGGGUACGCACACUGCGAGUUACCUGUACGCCCGUGCCACCAAGGCGGUGAGUCUCGUCCCGGCCGCAUACUACGCCGAUUUAGCUUGUGAGAGAGGGAGAUGCUACUUGAACGACUUCUUGGCUGCCGAUGACAAGGUGUCAACUUCUAUCGCGUCAGGGAAAGGGAAGGGAAGGGGGAAGGUGGACAAGGAGGCAGAGAAAUUGCGUGUGUUUGAGGAGGCGAAGAAAGCAUGGGGAGAGGGCGUGCAUCCCGACUUGCGGGCAAGCAUGUUUUAUAUCUGA